AAUCACUUAAAUAAUUUACUCCAAAUUGUUAUCAUCAAAUUAAUAUUUCAAUUGACAACAAUUUAAUCACUUGAUUAAAUCUAUUGAUCAAAACAAAAAACAACAAUGAGUUCAAUCAAUCUAAUCUUUCAAAUUGGUGUUUUAUUAAUUGUUUCAAUGAUUAUUGAUUAUUGUUCAGCUCAAUGGGGAUCAUAUGGAUCAGGUGAUUACGGAGGUUAUGGUAAUGGUGGCUAUGGAGCUGGAGGUUAUGGUGGAUAUGGAUACGGAUAUCAACCCAAUUACGGAUACGGAAAUCGCUAUGGGUCAAUGCCUUAUGGAAGAUCAUCUUAUAAUAAUUACAGAGGAAUGAGGAGAUUCGGAAUGUACGGAAGUUAUGGUUACAAUUAAGCUAAUUGUUGACAAUUAGUUGAUUUUCCAACAGUUUUAAAGGACACUAAUUGUUCAAUGUUGUUAAGUUAAUCAAGAGAGUUAAUUAUUUUUUAAUGAAAAUAAAAUUAAAGUUAAAGUUUAAAA